AUGGAGAGAAAAAGCUUCCUAGAUCAAGAGCCCCCGCCAGGCUAUAUCGCCGGUAUAGGCCGCGGAGCCACAGGAUUUACUACACAGGCAGAUCUAGGGAGCUCUCGACGUCUUCCCGCGGGCUCUUUCGCUUUGGAGGACGAGAACAACGUGGACGACGAUGGGAGGUUUUUAGACGCAGACAACGACGACACUGGCAGGUUUGGUAGCGUCUCCGAUGAUGACGGUGAUGCAGACCGGAUAUACGACGCAAUUGAGGCCAAGCUGCAACGCAAAAAAGCUAGGCCCCGAAAAAGAGCACAGAAAAAUGCACUAGAGGACGAAAACAAGGUCCAAGUAGAGGAAAUCAGUAUUGGGCAGUCCAUCCGCACAAUCGGCGAGGAGUUCAAGGAGUACAAGGAGAAACUCUCAGAAGUGUCCGCCGAAGACUGGCUGAAUCUGCCGGAUUCUGGGGAUUUCACAAAACGGAAUAAAAGAGCACGCAAAGAGAUGCAGGAACGCCAGAGAUUUUACAGAAAUUCGGACUUUGUGACCAGCGGGCUGCGUGAUGUGGGCAGCACAGGUGAUCAGGCUCUUUUGGACGAGAAGGACGUGGAUCUUACUGGGCUCUCUCUUGCCAAGGAAAAAGUGCUUGCUGGACAACUAACGAGUCUCCGAGACGACAAGGCGGAGUCUGUCGACGCAGAGACCUAUUUGAGCCAGUUGCAGGAUGUUUCUGGUGAGAUUAGCACGGAAAUCGGGGAUUAUCAUAAAACGCGGACACUUUUCGCCAAAAUGCGAGAAACGAAUCCAUACAAGCCAGACGCAUGGAUAGCCAGUGCGCGGCUCGAGUACGAGGCAAAAAAAUACAAGCGUGCGCGGGAACUGAUCCAGCAGGGCUGCGAGAAGUGCCCAAAGUCCGAAGAGGCGUGGCUGGUGAACAUCGAGAUGAACAAGCAGGACGCUUCUGUGUGCAAGGUGAUCAUUGCCGAGGCUGUUCGGUACAAUGCCAAGUCUGUGCGUCUGUGGCUCUGUGCUGCUUCUUUGGAAACGGACAGUUUGUCGAAAAAACGAAUUUUAAAGAAAGCCCUUGAAUUUCUGCCACGGAGCAGCGAGCUCUGGAUGGAAGUGGUAAAGUAUGAAGAGGAUGAGACCAUGGCGCUGCGAAUGAUGCAGAAAGCGACGGAAUUGGUUCCUGGCAACGUUUUGUUGUGGCUUGAGUACGCACGGCUCGGGAACUCCAAGCAGAUUCUUGAGGAGGCGUUGGAGAAGGUUGACUCUGCCGACGCGCACAUCGUCUGGAUAGAACUGGCCAAGGAAGAGGAGCAAAGGACUGGCAACGAGGUCAAAAUAGGCCACAUUGUUGAGUCUUGUUUCGAGCACACGUCUUUGGGUCGAGAGACGUGGCUGGACAUUGCGUCGCAGUGCGAAAAGGAUGGCUUCUCACUGGUAGCCAGAGCCAUUGUGUUCAACAGUAUGAACUUGGGCGUCACUGACGACGACAAGCUUGAUAUUUGGAAAGCCGAAGCGUUGGAAAGAUCACCCGAAAUAUCCAGAUCGAUAUACAUGUUCAUCACGGCCAACUUCCCACAAGAUAUUGAAAGCUGGAUGAACUUCAUCAAAAUGGAGAAGACACUCAGACAGUAUGACCAGCUUUAUGUUGUCUAUGAGAUGGCCACACGUGCAAAUCCAAAUUACGAACUGUUUUAUCUGAUGUAUGCCAAAGACAAGUGGAAAGAAGAUGGUGAUGUUGAGAAAGCAAAGGCGAUCAUUGAUGAGGGACUGCAGAUGAACCCAGACUCCGAAGAUCUCUGGUUUGCAGCACUCAAGCUGCGCUCAGGAGAAGAAGCAAGACAGCUGUUCGUCAAGUGCAGAGAGCAGCUUGGCAAAAAGACCGCUCGGGUGUGGUACAAAAACGUCACUUUUGAGAGACAGAACGAAAACUUGAUAGCGGCCAAGGAACUUGCUGAACAGGGCACCCAGCAUCAUCCUAAGGAAUUCAAACUAUACCUGCAAUGGGGCCAAAUUCUAGAGGAAGAAAACCGGCUGGAACAGGCUGCAGAAAUAUACUACAAAGGAACGUUGCUGUGUCCAAACAGCCCGUUACUUUGGGUUUAUCUUGUGCGAGCCUACGAAAAACUAGGCAAUCUGAUCAAGGCGCGCUCGAUUCUGGACCAGUCAGUGGUCUCCAAUCCGCUCAGUGACCAGAUCCAGCUGGAACGUGUCUUGCUGGAAGAAAGAGCACACAAUCGUUCCCAAGCCGAGCGCAUCCUGUCCACUGCUCUGAAGAAGCUCCCCCACUCGGCGGUGCUAUGGCGUCAGAACAUCCUCUAUGCAAAACCGUCGCACCGCAAGAACUUAUACACCACGGCUCUAAACUCCACCAACGAUCAUCCGAUGAUUAUUCUUACCAUUGCCAAAGAUAUGUGGCUUUCUGGCAAGGUUGCACGCGCGAAGCAGUUUUUUGAUGCCUGCUACGAAAAGGACCCCGGCUAUGGCGACUACUAUAUCCACUAUUACGCAUUUUUGAUGAAACAUGGGACGAAGGGUGAAAUUCGGGAGCUCGAGGCUCGUUUCAAGGAAAAUGAUCCUCACUCCGGCGAAGAUGUGGAAUUCCUCUGGAGAAAUAAGUUCUAUGCGACGGUCAAGACGGACAACAUCGAUUGGGAUCCAGUGAAGACCUCAAAACAGUUGAUCAAAGGAAGAGAGUUGGAGUCGAAAACCAGCAGGCGAAUAUUUUUUGGUCUGCUGUGCCUGACCCCCGUCGUGACGUUUUUGCUUGGUUGCUGGCAGUACCAACGUCUAAAGUGGAAGAACAAGCUGGUUGCCGAUUGCGAGGACAGACUCACGUACAAGCCGCUUCCACUGCCAAAGUCGGUCACUCCAGACCAAGUGGGCGAUUUGGAGUACCGCAGAGUGCUGCUCACGGGUAAAUUUGACUACAGCCGUGAGGUUUUUGUGGGUCCGAGGCUGGAAAACGGCCAGAAAGGAUAUUUAUUGAUUUGUCCCCUGAUCCAGUCAAACGGCGGCGGGGAAGUGCUGGUCAACCGUGGCUGGAUCAGAGAGGACAGAGUGAUACCAGAGAGCAGACGGCUGCAACAUCUUUCAUGCCCGCAAGGUGAAAUCACGAUCGAGUGUCUGCUAAGAGUUCCUCCGUCCAAAGGCAGGUUCCACAUGGAGCACGAACCGGGCUCGAAACUCUACACGUACCUCGAUUUGGAAGCGAUGGCGGAAGAAUUGCACACGCGGCCGCUAUAUGCCGUUGCCAUCCAGAACUUCAAAGACCAUCCGGAAUGGAUACCAGAGAAAAAGCACGAGAGCAAUCCGUGGUGGAAGUUUUGGGCCAAAUCGCCUCCUUCAAAAGAGGCCCCCGCUCAGGAUGCAGACGCAGAGUUCAGCCCCUUGCAGUUCAUGAGCGCCGGCGUGCCUCUGGGAAAAGCACCUACCGUGGACUACACCAACAACCAUAUGCAGUAUAUGGUCACGUGGUGGGGUCUAUGCUUCAUUUCAACCAUUCUGCUGCGCUUGGUGAUCAAGAACAGCAAAGUGAUCAACCCAAAGAUGGAAAAGAUGGAGAAGCUCAAGCACGCCAACAAGUACCUGGGCUAGUCUGUACAUAAUAUCACUCCGUCCGACAUCCGUACACCUGUAAGUAGCGACGCGUAUUUUGCGGAAACUU